UCCCGCUUUGCUACCUGCAGGUUGUUUUGUUUGUCUGUCCGCCGUGAACAUCUCUGGGACCGCUACCUGGAGCCAAACACGGGACCUCUGCCAUCACUUCCCGCUCAUGAGGGCUCCGGGAGCCGCGAAGGGGACACGGAGCGGGCUCUGUGGAGUCAGGUGGCGUUGAAUGAGAGAGUCUGACUAGGCAAUAUUUUCUACCCGGUGACAGAGGUAGAAGCAGCGGCGCAUCCUUCUCCCCUCCCUUCCCUGUUCCUUUGCUGCCCUCCACGGCCGCCGCAGCCCACCGGCCAUGGCCCUGGUGACUCUGCAACGAUCUCCCACCCCCAGUGCGGCAUCCUCGGCCAGCAGCAGCGCGGGGGAGGAUUUCGGAAGUGAUGAUGACAGGAAAAAUAAUCAGAGCAUCAGUGAAAGCUUCUUCAUGGUCAAAGGAGCUGCCCUCUUUCUCCAGCAGGGAGGCAACACACAGGGACCAAAGACUCCGACGCACCACAAACAUGCAGGUGACUUACCUCAACAUCUGCAGGUGAUGUUCAAGAUCCUACGGUCUGAAGAUCGCAUCAAGCUGGCUGUACGUUUAGAAAGCGGAUGUUCGGAGCGUGUGCGUUACAUGGUUGUUAUCUACACAAACGGCCAUCAAGACACAGAAGAAAACAUUGUUGUGGGAAUGGACUUUCCAGACAAGGACAGUAAAAAUUGCUCCAUUGGUAUGGUGCUACCUCUUUGGAGUGAUACCAACAUUCAUCUAGACGGAGACGGAGGCUUCAGUGUAAACACAGCAGGGCGGUCACAUGUCUUCAAGCCCGUUUCUGUGCAGGCCAUGUGGUCUGCCCUCCAGGUCCUCCAUAAGGCCUGCGAGGUGUCCCGUCGGUUCAACUACUUCCCAGGGGGCAUUGCUCUUACGUGGAUGGCCUUCUAUGAGAGCUGCAUCACCUCAGAGCAAAGCUUCAUCAACGAGUGGAACGCAAUGACCGACCUGGAGACCACCCGGUCCGAUUCUCCCAACAUGUUCGUCGACGGGCCGACUGAGCGAGAAAGAACAGAGUGUCUUAUCAAGUCCAAACUUCGCAACAUCAUGAUGUUUCAAGACUUGGAGAACAUCACUUCAAAGGAGAUCCGUAAUGAGCUGGAGCAGCACAUGAGCUGCAACCUGAAAGAAUACAAGGAAUUCAUCGACAACGAGAUGCUUCUGAUCCUGGGUCAGAUGGAUAAGGCCACACUUAUCUUUGACCACGUUUAUUUGGGCUCUGAGUGGAACGCCUCCAACCUCGAGGAGCUGCAAAACUGCGGGGUGGGUUACAUUCUGAAUGUUACCAGAGAGAUUGACAACUUCUUCCCGGGGAUGUUUUCCUAUCACAACGUCCGCGUGUACGACGAGGACAUCACCGACCUGCUGGCCCACUGGAACGAUACCUACAACUUUAUUGUCAAAGCCAAGAAGAAUAAUUCAAAGUGCCUGGUGCACUGUAAGAUGGGCGUGAGCCGCUCUGCCUCCACAGUUAUCGCCUACGCCAUGAAGGAAUACGGCUGGUCCCUGGAGAAAGCAUACAACUACAUCAAGCAGAAGAGGAGCAUAGCUCAGCCAAAUGCUGGUUUCAUGCGGCAGCUGGCAGAGUAUGAGGGAAUCCUGGAUGCCAGUAAACAGCGUCACAACAAGCUGUGGAGGCCUGACACGGAUGAGGAAGGUUCAGACGAUCUGCAAGCAUCAGGUCACAGCACAGGCGGAGAGGAGACACCGGUGCUCAGAGGGGAAGAGGCCUGGGGAGGCUGCGGGGCGUCUCAAUGCAGGGGUCUAGAGAUGGAACCCUUAGACUCUCUUAACUAUAACUAUUACUUCAGACGUUUAUCAGACUCUGCACUCGACAGCGAGCCCUCUACCCCAGUGCGGGGACCUCCUCUUUUAGGCAUGGAGAGGGUUUUCAUUGAAAUAGAGGACGUGGAGAGAGAUGCCCUGCUGGAGGACGAGGGUUUCCCCAUGGCCCACCUAACUCUACCCGGAGAGGGCACAGCUGCUCAGACAUGCGGGCGCCUCGAUCCAAUGGAGGACAUGAGACUGAGGCUGGAGUUCAGCACUCUGGAGGAAGAAGACGAGGAGGAGGCCAAGAAGGAGGAAGAAGAGAUGGCAGCCUUGGCUCAAUCACCCGGGAGUUUGGAUGGGAGGAAGACAGGAGAGGAGGCUGAGGGGAGUGAGGAGAGCCAGUUGGGUUUGGCCAACCUGAACACCAACAACAGCAACCGCCUAGCUGCCAAGCGUAGCUGUCCUGCAGCUUUUGACGACAGUGCCAGCACAGGAAACCCGUUAAAAGUGAAGCCUUCAUAUCAGUCCUGUAAAGACUGCAUGCGUCUACCACAAGGGCGGCGCUGCGACCGUCCAGCAGGAGGCCGUUCCCACCGCCUUAAUCCCUCCCGCCACUGCACCGUCCCGUCCAUAUGCAUAGAUCCCCCGGGGACGCACUUUACGUCAACUCCAAUUCUGUCAACCCCCAAUGUCAUUCCGUCUAACUUGGUCCAGCCCUGCACUAAUUUCUACCAAUGUUCCAGCUGCACGCUUGGUGACACAUCUGCUCCUGAAGCCAACCACCAAAAACGUUUCUCACCCAUGAACUGUGAGGAAACGCCUCCAGACGGCAGCUCAGUGGAGACGGAGGACAUGGAAGAACCGCAGAAUGGAGGUCUGCUGGAUGAGGUCACAAGGCAGAGCAACGAGGCCGACGCUGUGACUGAAGCCAACGGCUUGAAAUUUGGUGCUGAAAUUGCAAGCUUCCAGUAGGGCCUCCGCCGUAGUCCCGAGCUGAUGCAUCAUCUCCAUGAAGGAGCUGGCUUACCACUGCCUCAACUGCUGUGAUGGUUGUGAAUAUUAGAUGCUGUGGUGUUGCAACAGAAAUGCAGAAGCUCUGAAGUGACCUCUGCUGUACCAUCCUUGCCUCGUAGCUUCAUAAAAUAAAGUGGUAGCAGCUAUCUGCGGCUUCACAGAGAGUACCCUGUUACAGAAGCUGGCCAUUUUCAAAGCCUGGAUGGAUGGGGCUAAGUAAGGAGAGAAGACCUGCUUCCUUACCUGUCAAUCAAAUGUCCAAGAGGCUAGUAUGAACCUUCUAAACUUUCCAUUCCCAACACACAUGCAUUUUUACCACAUUACAGCCAUUUUACCUAAAACAGAGGUUGUUAGAUCUGGUUCAUGUUUCUGUCUGAAUACAAAAUGCUAAAUUUGGCACGUUAAAAGCACCGGGCCAACAUAAACAGCUUCUGUCAGCAUGCUCCAUAUUUUCAGUCAUAUCCAAAGUAUUCAGUAUGUAUUCAUGAGGAAGCCUAAUACACUAUUUACAGUUGGGUCUGUUUUACCACAUCAUGUUACUCUCCUACCUAAUCUCACUUAUAUUGUUGCUGCUGCAGCUGCUUUUUGCAUUGUGUGAAAACACACCAAUUUAAGAAAUGGAUAAAAGCAUAUAAGUAGUUUUUGGACUACGGGCUUUUCAUGCUGCUUUGGUGAAGGACUGUUUUGUUCUCAGUGCAGUUUCCUCGUUCAGCCUAACUUCCUCUAUUAAGGUUGAUCAAAUCAUCUACUUUAGGCGUUUAGUUUAUCCCAUGCAUGAAAAAUUACAAAUCCCAUUUUUAAAUGAAUCUUAGGUUUUCAUAAUUUUGGCCUGCCAUACACUUUUUGUAUUCAUUUUGUGUUUUCAUCUUUUUAGUAAACUAACUAAAAACUAAAAA